AUGUUCCAAGGCCAGAGAGCUCAAUCAGACAAUGGCUGGACUGGAUAUGGCGGUCCUUGGCCGUACACUAUUCUCAAGGAGCCUGAGCUUUCGUAUCAUCUAGAACGCCUGUCUGUCCACCGUACCGUCUGCGACGUCGACGUCGUCAGUUUUCAGCCCUAUCCGGCGUUGGACCACAACCAGGACCGCUAUUUCAUUGAAGACUGGAUCGUUCGAGGCCAGACUUGGCGGUUCUUCAGCCUGUUCGACGGCCACUCGGACAGCUAUGCUGUCGAGCACGCUGUACGACAGCUCCCGUCUGCCAUCAAGCAGUCGUUAGCAUAUAAGGCGGAGACGGGGCAGACCAGCAACCCUGUUGAAAUCGAGACGCUUCUACGGCGGUCCAUCUCGACGUUUGAUAACGAGAUGACUCAAGAACUUCUUGACCUCUUUCCCGGCGGCGUCGAGGCCAUCGCUGAGAUGUCCGACGAUGAAAUUCGCGCUCUAGUUGUCGUAGAUAGCCGUCCUCAUCCAGUCGUCGCGCGUUGUAUGGGUGGGACGACUGCUCUCGUUGCUCUCGUGGACCCUGCUCGUAAUCUGUAUGUCGCGAGUCUGGGUGAUUGCGUGGCAUGUGAGGAUUCAAACGGCGAGCAGUGGACAACUACUAUCUUGAGCAGUAACCACAACGCAAGCGAUGUCCAGGAAGCACAGAGGGUCAGGAGUGAGCAUCCUGGAGAGAUGGAGAGUGUGGUAAACAAUCGCGUGUGCGGCGUAAUUGCUGUCACCAGAGCAAUCGGAGACCAUGCUUUCAAACUUCCCAUGGCUUAUGCCGACAGAGUCUUCAGACUUGCGGAUCCGGGGGCGUAUAUCCUCAAGCGACUUGACGUUCUGCGGCCCCGCCACCACACGCCUCCUUACCUUUCCAACACGCCGGACGUCCAGCAUAUUUCUCUCUCAGCAUUCUCUUCCCACGAAACUGUGCUAAUCUUGGCUACAGACGGGCUUGUUGAUAUUUCCAAGGCGCACGAGAAGGCUCUGUCGGAUGUAGCGCCACAUUGGGUGUCAGCGGCGUCGAGAAGUAUGGACAACAAGCCGGCGCUGCGGCUUCUCCGUGCUGCCAUGGGAGGCGAGGACACCAAGCAAGUCUCGUUCUGGUUGACGGUCGAGAUGGACGUUCCCUGGGUAGAUGAUACGACGAUCCUUGUAACUCGUGUCUAG